AUGGCUGUGACGAUUCAUAUUUUCAACUACUUUUUCUGCCUAAUAAUUAUUGCUGAAAGAGUCUAUAAAUUAUUAAUCGAAAUAAUACCUAAGAAUUUAUACUUUCCAAUAUUUUCAGUCAUACUAACAGAAGUAUCGACUCAACAGUUGCGACAGUGGCUUAUGGCGAAUCAGCAAGCGAUACCUCCAUAUAAUGCCGAUGAUAUCUUGUCAUCACUUGGUGAAAAUAGCGAUUUAGCAUCAACAAUUAUGAAAAUAUUUGGAUUUGGCUACGAUCGCACAGGAAUUUCUAAAUUAUCGAAAAAUGGAUCUCCCAUUAUAGCUCCUAAAAUAGGAGUGAAAGUAUCGGAAAGAGAUGGUAAAUAUACAAUUUGUCCUUUUGGAGCAGAUCCACUAAUUCUUUCUGGCGAGUAUGCAUACUGUAAAACUUCACUUAUUGGUGAAUGUCCCAUAGGAUUCUUAUGUGACCAAAGUUUUGUGUUAGGCCGAUCAAUUUGUUGCCAAGAUUUGAGAAAUCGACCAUUGGCCGUAUAUAGAAAAACAAAUAGCAGAUUCACUCCACUCAUUGAGCCUAAUGCCUGGAAGUCCAGAUCGACAGUAUCUGGAUAUACGUGGCCAUCAACAUCAAUCCCUGAUAGACGAACUCCGUGGUAUAUUAAGAAUAAAAUAAAAGAGGAAAUAGGGAACAAAAUGUCAAAUAUUCGAACUUCUCCGACAAAUCCAUUGAUUGCAACAGUUACUGUUACUACUACUACUUCUGCCACCAUUCCCGAGCCUAAACCAGAAUUAACCAGAAGACCUCACAAAAAAAUCGCAAAUCCAUGGUUGCGUCUAUUGACUACCACCACACCAAAACCAAAAGUACCAUUUGGCACUAACGUGACGGUUUUCCAAUUUGGGAAUUUUGAGAUGCAUGACAACGGACAACUCGAAGUGACAGGUUCUAUAUGUCUUGUAAGAGAUGAUGAUUUUCUCUUAUUAGUCGACACAGGUUCACCAAGCGAUGCUGAACGUCUUCUUCAUUGCAUUCCGUCGGACCCAAUUAUUACGGCUUUGUUUGUAGCGUCAGUUCUAUUAUAUUGCUUGCAUAUAAUCUGUAAUAUUGCCACUUGGUAUGGUUUAUUACAAGAACUUCCAUUAUGGAUUAUUCCGGUUCUUGUAUUAAAAUUAUUGACUAUAAUAGCCUGCAUAUCAGUAAUAUUCCUAGUUGUCUAUAUUAUUUUCAAUGGUCAUCCGAGCGUUUAUCAUGGUUUAUCAUUUCUUAUCAUACAAAAUAUCAAUUUGGAUCACCAUAUAGCACGCUCAACAAUCGUAAUUGAUGGAGCAAUCCUCUUCUUAGCAUGUUUAUCACUCACUGUUCUUCAAAUUUGGUUUUUUUCAAUAUUAGUUAAUAGUUUUACUCAUGUUCGCUCAUUGUUCAUUCAGUUGAAAUCUAUUCUCAUUGUUCUCAGAAGAAUUUAUUAUUACUACUGCCCAAAUAUUGCUCUAGAACAAAUUGAAAUCGACGGCAUUGAUAUGGUAGUAUUGACGAGUGCUCAUCCAAGUAGUAUGGGAAAUAUAAACUUUUUUGCUGAAAAACCAGUACUUUUCGAUGUUAUGGAAUAUAUCGGGCGAAAUGCUGUGCCAACUGAACUCAAGGAUCGACCUUUUCGAAAACUUUCUCCUCAAGUGCAAGUUUGGAAAACCCCAGGCCAUAUGCAGCAAGGGUUGAGCGUAAUAGUGCGUAACGUUCUUAAUUUUGGUACAAUGUCUAUAGUUGGUAAUUUAAUCCCAAAUGAGGAAUAUAUAAGUGAAAAGGAAAUUCAUUUUAAGAAAGACAUUAUGAUCGAUAAUGGUGUUUGGGAUAUUGCGAUUAAGCGACAAAAUGCCAAUCUUAUAGUAUGCAUUAGCGAUUGGAUAGUUCCCGGUCACGGCCAACCAUUCAAAGUACUGCCUGAUUUCAGUUUCGAUUACAUUGCAGAAUUCAAGCUGGCUGCUCGAGGAAUGCCACUCAUGAAAGCUUUUCCAACUCAAGUUUCUUUUAAGCGGAACAUUAUUCUUCUAAACCUGAAAGACUGA